UCCGGCAGUCAAUAUUGUUGAUCAGAAUGUGUAAAUGAUAAAAAUAGCGAAAUAUUUGUGCUUAUAUUUCAUCAUGUUUUGUACAUAGAGAUAUCGAUGAUAUGGGAAGAUGAAUGCCAGAAGCCAAGUGUUUGAGCUUUCUGUAGAGGGCAGGCAGAUAGAGGAAGUGGUCAGCAGUGUGUUUCAUACACUACUUCUCCACAGAACUCUUGGCAAGUUCCAUUACAAACAGGAAGGCAGUUACUCUAUAGGUACAGUGGGUGUUGUUGAUGUCGACUGUGACUUCCUUGACUUUAGCUAUGUGCGGACUGCAUCAGACGACCUAGACUCCUCCAUACAGCGGGAGAUAGGCGUGUUCAGGGACACACUGAGGGAGGGGCCUGGAUGUGGCCAGAUUUCCCUGGAGUUUUACCAGAAGAAGCGGGCCCGAUGGCCAUUCAUGGCUGAGUGUAUACCAUGGGAAGUGUGGACAAUAAAACUGGAAACGCUUACCUUGGCCAAUGAGAAUGAGCGGCAGGUCUGCAGAGAAAAGUUAGGGGAGAUUCUUGCUGAGAAGGUGAUGCAUGUAGCAGAAGCCAUGAAUCGCCAUGAAUAUGUCCCAAAAAUGCCAAACCAAUCGGAGCUGGACCUGAUAUUUGACACAAGUUACAGGGAUGUCCAGCCCUACCUGUUCAAGAUAUCCCACCAGACAACAGGACCAAUCCCCACCUCAGUAGGAACUACGAUGAGAAAGCUCCUCAAGGACACGCUCGCACUUGACUUAUGAUGACCACCUGUGCCCUAGUUAUCUGUAUUUAUCACAACAUACUCCAGUCAACGCUUGGUCAGCAAAAAAGAUUCCUGGGUCGAGCUGGUCAUCUCCAGAGAUACUGAUAGUACAGUACUCCAGCAUUAACUUACAUGGUGUGAGGUGUGAUUGUCUGUGAAAUGUAGGAUCUCACAGUAAGAUGUGAACUGUUGCAGCACGGUUGCAAUGCUUAGUGGAAGUGUAGUGAUUAAUUCAUAAAGUUGUUACCCAGCAUUGAAUCACUGGUCAUUGUUAGUUGUAUUCUAGACAACAUGACUGCUCAUGGUUCUCUGGACGUGGGACUAGUGUGGCAUUGUACCCAUAAAUCGGCCUGGGAAAGAUGACUGAACCUUUGAUUCAGGAAGAGAGAUCAGCUCUGUACUGACACUGGAGAGAGUGUGGUAGGUGGACUCUCCGAGGCUGCGAUUGUUACGUAGCUGUUGCACUGAAACUUGUUAAAUGGAGAAGUCUUUAUUUUAUUGCUUGUGAGCAAGUGUAAAGAAACAGAUUAGAAAUGUUGCAAAUGAAUUAAUUGUUCCUUAACUUUGAUGGUCAGUACGUACAAUUAUGAGAAAAAUAAUUCAAAUACAUGUACAUUCAGGUUUUUAUACUAUCAGUUGUAGAAUUCAUGACAUUUGUUUUCAUUUCCAUGACCCAGUAAUCAGUAAAGGUACAAUAUUUAACCAGAUCAUUAGUAAUAGAUUCACAUUUAGGUGACGGUAGAUUUGUCCAGUUUCAUGGUUUAUUGAUAUAGAUAAUAUAAUAUUUGAGUGUGGUGCUGGAGUUGCUGGUAUGAUUAUUAUUAUGACUUUUUUUGUGAUUUUGUUUUUAUGAAUUCACAAUGUAAAUGUGAAUUGAGAGAAAUAUGAUGCCCGGUAAUCUUUUUGCCAAAUGUUGAAGGCGUACAUGUUAGUGUUCAUGCUUUUUUUUCUUUCCAUUUUUCAAAUAUUAAGUCUUGAAUAUGUGAUACAUUAUUGUAUUAUGUUGGAGAAAAGAAUUCUGUGAAUGACUAAGCCAGAGUGAAGAUUAGUUGUAUUUGUUUUGUGAGAGCAAUAAGUAUGUAUCUAUGAAUGACAUGGCCAGAAUGACUGUAUGUAUGAAUGACAUGGCCAGAAUGACUGUAUGUAUGAAUGACAUGGCCAGAAUGACUGUAUGUAUGAAUGACAUGGCCAGAAUGACUGUAUCUAUGAAUGACAUGGCCAGAAUAACUGUAUGUAUGAAUGACAUGGCCAGAAUGACUGUAUGUAUGAAUGACAUGGCCAGAAUGACUGUAUGUAUGAAUGACAUGGCCAGAAUAACUGUAUGUAUGAAUGACAUGGCCAGAAUGACUGUAUGUAUGAAUGACAUGGCCAGAAUAACUGAGUAUCCAUGAAUGACAUGGCCAGAAUGACUGUAUGUAUGAAUGACAUGGCCAGAAUAACUGUAUGUAUGAAUGACAUGGCCAGAAUGACUGUAUGUAUGAAUGACAUGGCCAGAAUGACUGUAUGUAUGAAUGACAUGGCCAGAAUGACUGUAUGUAUGAAUGACAUGGCCAGAAUAACUGAGUAUCCAUGAAUGAUAUGGCCAGAAUGAAAAUUUACUGUACUAGUCACUAAAAUAAUGUAAUUUUGCAUCUAUUUUUUGUAACUUGUUGCUUUUAAAAUGAUCUUUCCAAACUUGAAGUUUUUUCCCCUCUUUUUUAUUUAAGUGAGGGAGGGAAGUGUUCAUGCAAGGAAGUUAUUUUCCAAUAGCAAAAUAUCUCCCCUUAGCUUUUGUUUGCUAAAUGUGUGGCGCGUGCACUUUCUCCCCCACGAGAAUUUUAAAAAAGUUGGCAAGUAUGCUAGUGAGAAAAGAUUAUUUUUUUGUGGAAAAUGAUACAUGUACUAAUAUACAAGGCCUAGCCUGAGUGAAGACUAUUGAUUAGAACUGUACAUGAAUUAUGAGACUCUUCUGAUGGAAUGAAUUAUUCUCCAAAUUUUACAAGUUUAAGAUGUUAAGAAAUUGGUGAUGAAACUAUUUGCUGUCAUAAAUUAAAGAAUUGUUAAGUGGCCUAGGAAGUGUAUAAACUUUGAUGUUGUUUGUGUCUACCUGAUACAGUUAACAUAAUGCAGUGUAAUGACAUUCAAUGUUAAACUAUGAUCAUGGUUUUUUGCAUUUGACUACUAGGGUAUGUCAGAAAGUUGUUCUGACAGCACCAACAAAGGAAUGAUGCAAACCUUGAUAAUUGUUAACACUAUCUGACUGAAGAGUUUAAGUUGUUUGUAUACACUCAGUCCAACAUAUAUAAUAUAUAUUAGUGUGAAGUCCAACAUAUAUAAUUUAUAUUAGUGUGAAGUCCAACAUAUAUAAUUUAUAUUAGUGUGAAGUCCAACACAUAUAAUAUAUAUUAGUGUGAAGUCCAACACAUAUAAUAUAUAUUAGUGUGAAGUCCAACACAUAUAAUAUAUAUUAGUGUGAAGUCCAACACAUAUAAUUUAUAUUAGUGUGAAGGGUUCUUUCUCAGUCAUACCGGGAUUUAUUUUUAUUCUCCGUUCCACCGCCAUUAAACCAUCAGAUUUUCAGUCGAAGGAAACUUCUAUAUAUUGUAAAUGCCUUUAAUCCUCCUUUCUGUGGAAUCUGUCUUGUCAUAAUUAAGCACAAAAAUAGAGGUGUUCAAUGUAGAUAAAGAGUUUAGUGUGAUCAGACUGAUAUUUGCUUUGGUGCUAAAUGGACCUUGUAACCAGUUUUUGGGCCUGUUAUUAUAACCAGAGUUCUGAGUGUGUAAGAUUUAAUCCUCCUUAUAUAUGUAAUGCUAACCUUAUAUAUACAGUGGAAUGAUAAAGACAUAUGUAGUAUGAUUAAUUAGAAUGUGGCGAGAAAGUUUGUGUGUCCAUUACAGAUAAACAUGUACAAGUGUAGUUGGAUAUCUGUUCAUACUCAUAUUCUAUUUAAAUAUGGGGAUAAAAGUACUAUGUGAAGCUUGUAAGUCUACUCCUGGUAAUAUAUGUACCGCUGAGAAAUUUGAAUGUACAUUUAAUGUAUUUGGUUGUUGAUAAAUGAUUGCGAAAUAAAAUCACUAAAAACAAGU